AGUUACUGAAGCGGUCUUGGUGGAAAAUAUAACUGAAUAGAGAUUUUCGGCGAAAAGUGCGUGAUCGAAGUGCUCCGCAGGUUGGGAGAAGAUUGGCUUUGGCGUGGGUUUUUUUUUCGUAUAAAGGAAAGAAGUGGAAUCAUGAGUGGCUCUAGCCGAAUCAAGCCAUUCGAUGUGACAGUAGAAGCAACCCGUUUGCCUACGGAAUGGGAAACCUGGAAAUACGAUCUCGAGUCCUUCUUUGUAGCACAGCGCAUUGAAACACAAUACGAGAAACGUGCCCAAUUGGCCUAUUUGGGGGGACCAGGUCUCCAGGACUUGUUGAGACACCUUCCAGGUGUGGAUAAUGUUCCACAUGUUACAAUGGAUCCCCCGUACUAUGACGUAGCGGUCAAAUGUUUGAACGACUAUUUUGAACCAAUGCGUCGCAGGACAUAUGAACGCCAUUUAUUUCACCAGAUUACUCAAAACUCUGGCGAGAGAUUUACUGACUUUGUAAUGCGUCUGAGGAAACAAAUUGCGCGAUGCAACUAUGAUCCCUCGGUUAACGAUGAACUGAUUGCCGAUCGCAUCACGCAAGGAUGUAAUUCUGAAGAGCUUCGCGUUAAGUUGCUUCAAAAGGACAGGUCCUUAGAAGAGAUGAUUUCUCUCGGAACUAGUAUGGCAGAGUCAUCUCAGCAGUCAAAAGACCUGAAUAAAGAGGGUUACAUAAGGAAAGAUCCACAUGAAGUAAACGCAGUUCGUCAGUCUUACUCUCGACGCUUCUCGGAUAACCAGCGAAAUGGACAAUCUCGAUUUCAGAAAGGAACCCCACCUAGAUUUCAACGAGGAUCAGGAAAUGAAAGAUUUAUUUGCUACAGUUGUGGCAAACGCGGCCACAUCCAAGGCAGCAAGGAAUGCCCAGCAAGAGGCACCAAAUGUGCGAGCUGUGGCAAAAUUGGUCAUUGGGCCAAACGUUGCUACAGCAGAGAUCGGGCUACAAGCCAAGCAGUCAAACGUGGAUUCUCACAGCUUGGAUCUGGAUCAUUCACAGAGGAGCCAAGACCAAAGCGCAUCCGAGCAGUAAUGGAGGAAUCAGAAAAGGAGCGAGAAGAAUACGUUUUCUACGCGAUGGGUCGGAAUGUGUUCAUCUUCAAUGUGGGUGGAGUAGAUGUGCCCAUGACUAUUGAUUCAGGAGCGGACGCCAACAUUAUCAGCCGAGAUGUUUGGGAUCAGCUAAAAGGAGCUGGGGUUAAGGUAGACAACAUGAGAACCGGGAGCGAUAGGAACCUGACAGCGUAUGCUUCUCCAGAGCCAAUGCGAAUUUCGGGAAUGUUUGAGGCAGAAAUAUCAGCAGGAGGACACAAGGACAGAGCAAAGUUCUACGUUGUCGACAACGGGCAACAAUGUCUACUGGGAGACCAGACGGCUAAGAACUUGAAGGUCCUGAAAGUUGGCUUCGAUGUAGGAGCAGUACAAGAGCAGCGAAACAAUCCUUUUCCGAAAUUCCGUAACGUGGUCGUCGAAAUACCAAUCAACCCAGAGAUUCAACCGGUACAGCAGCCUUACAGACGGCCACCCAUCGCGUUGGAACAGAAGAUAGAAGAGAAGCUGCAUUCCCUUCUUCAACAAGACAUCAUCGAGCGAGUAAACGGUCCGUCGCCGUGGGUCUCGCCUAUGGUCCCGGUUACGAAAGAUUCCGGAGAAAUAAGGCUUUGCAUUGACAUGCGGCAAGCGAAUAAGGCUGUUCUGCGAGAGACGCACCCACUUCCGCUGGUAGAUGAGAUGUGGAGUUCGAUCAACGGUGCAGUGCGAUUCUCUAAAAUUGACAUCAAGGAUGCGUACUAUCAGCUGGAGAUUUCCGAGAAAUCAAGAGCCAUAACCACUUUCAUUACGAAGCACGGCCUUUUCAGGUAG